AUGGCUGACGCCGUCCCGGAUGAUGUGGCGGACACGGCGCAGGUUGUGCCUUCCAAAACAAUGAAGAAGCUGCAAAACUGCUGCCCUGGACUUCGAAAGAGAAGCCAGUAUUUUGACCAAUGGCUCAGCUCCAGAUGGUCUCUUUCGCAGAGUGUCUGCCUUCUCACAGUUUUUGUGCUUAGCUGCUCCGGCAAAUUCGUCCUGGGUGAAGUCGUUUACACAGAGAGUAUCAACUACUUCUCCUACCAGGUAGUCACCAACGCAGCAUCACUGCUGUCAUCUCUGACGGUAUCCUUCACUAUUGAAGGCUGCCAUGCAUAUCAGAAAAUCUUCUCUGGAAAAGCACUGUGGCGAUUCACGGGUGUGUCCUUCUUGUUCACCUGUGCCAGUGCAUUGGUGGCGCUCUCUCGAUGGGCUGGUACCUCCAAUGUUCAGAUAGUGACUGUGGGAUACUUGUAUCUUCCCUUUUCCGUCAUCAUGAGCUACUACGUCUUCAGCCGUAAUUACGGCAAGCUGGAAUGGCUCACCCUAGGCAUGAUGACCAUGGCAGUUCUCACCUUUGUCAUGCUGCGAGAGCAGUACCGAGACCUGGAGGAGGGAGAGGGAGAAGGGGAUGGCCACCCUCUUGACAGGCUGAAGAAGUCUUUCACUCCCGCCGGCUUCUCUUUGCUAGUCUGUGCAGUCAUCCUGAGCGCAACAGGCUCCAUUUUUGCCGAGAGAAUUUACAAGCACAAAUCGCGUGGGCUGACCUGGUGGCAGGGCCGUUUCUACAUCAUGAAGGUGCACAUCGACGUCACCGCCCUUUUCCUUUCACUCAUCCUGUGGGGCAUUAGCCACGUUCUCAUAGGGCGAGAGGAUGCGUUCUCGGACUGGUUUGCGAAAUGGGCGAGUACACCCGAGUGGUUCGGAAGCUGGACGGUCUGGCACGGGCUGAUGAUCAUGGUGGAUGUCAUCCAAGGAUGGUCAGCCGGGUUGAUCACCAAGGAGCAUUCCACGUCGUUCAAAGCCAUCGUGCAGACGCUCUGUUACAUCUUCACGAUGCUCGUGGAGGACCCUGUCCUUGGCAACAGGUGGGGGUUCCAGGCGAGAGAGCUGCCUUCCAUCAUGUUGGCGGUGAUCCUGGUCCUGUCAGCUAUUGUGUUCCAAACUGGCAGGCACUACGUGAAGGUGCGGGAGAGAGCAGCUUGCAUGGAGGUGCAGUCCAGCACUGGCAGUGAUCUUUCCAUGCCUGAGGCGCCGCAGUCCAGUGCUAGCGAGCUAUCGCUGCAGGAGAUCACUGAAGAGCCGCGGCAAACCGGCAAGCCGCAAAUUGCGGUGCUCCUCACUUCCUGGAAGGCGGCGUGUCGAAAGUACUUCUUGAUCGUGCUGUACAUUUUGUCGGACGCAAUCCGGAACCUGACUUUGGCGAAGGCCCUCAGCUCGACGAGCAUCAACCCAAACUCCAUGACCUUAGUGGUCUACUUGACUGGUGUGGUCAUUGCGUCCGGGUUGACUCUGUACGUGGAGGGAUGCAGCGGUCUGAAGACAGCAUGGAAUCCCUGGAAGAUCUUGAAGUGCAUGCCUCCGGGCUUUCUUUAUGCGUUGACCUCGACUCUGAUCAACAUGGCCUUCUCACAAGGCAUGAAUGCUGCGUUGGCAUUGAUCAUUGGAAAGUUUUACACUCCUGUGGCAGCUAUCGGUGCAGGAUGGGUGUUGAGGAAAUAUUACAUGUGGUUGGAGUAUGUGGCAAUCGGAAUCCUGACGCUAGCGAGCAUGAUUUUUGGAUAUCUGCAGGCCUUCAGUCCUGGAUCAAAUCCAGAGUGGGCGCAGAAGACCAACUCGCUCCGGGUGGCUAUGCUACUGGUUCUGGGCUCCUCUGUUGCGGCGGCCUUCAACUCCCUGCUCACAGAGCGUAUCCUGAAGGGGGACGAGGCCCGGUACCACGUACAGAAGGUCCGCCUGGAUGCUGCAUGUAUAAUUUCCACAAUGGGGCUCAUCCCCCUGAUCGCGGUUAUUUCUUCAAGAGCACAGGACAAUCCCUGGGCAUUGAGACCGGUUGAUGCUUCGUGUCCACAAGAUUCAGUUUGCCGGCAAGACAAUGGUUGUGAAAAUCCAGCCUGUGACUGCGUUUGUGCCAGCGGAAUAUUUGCUGGCUGGAUACCAAGCGCCAUUGGUGUCAUUGUUUUAGCACUGACCAUCAACACAGGCUAUGGCUGGCUGGUUGGCAAGCUUGUACAGGCCUUCUCGACAGUUGACCGUGCCAUUGCAGACGCCUUCAGCUUGCUUCUGGUGUACUUCAUAGGCGAUCCGCUGCUGAAUGCAACGAACCUGAACAACAUGUGCCUGAACCUGGUGGCAUUCAUAGUGCCGCUAAGUACAAGCAUCUUCGCUGUGGCAUCUUCUGAGUUUCAGAGAGCUACGCAAGCUGCAACCCUUAUAGAAGGCAAGCAGACCAAUGAGACAGAAGCAUCGGACUCUGAAGAAACCCCAAGCGACACUGGCGAUUCAGACAGCGACUGUUUGCAGUGCUGUGACGACGAAGAGGCUGCCUUUUCGCCAUCGAAGGGCUGGGCUGACGGUGAAAGUGGCAAGAGGACACUGCCGUCAGGUGACACUGUUGCACCUCCAUGA